AUGGAGAUAGAUGCAGAGGUCAAAGAUAGCUCCCUUGUUCUGAUCAAGCAAGGAGCUGAAGCGAGGGUUUUUGAGUCAAACUUUGUUGGAAGGAGGUCUAUUAUCAAGGAACGUUUCUCAAAGAAGUAUAGGCAUCCAACUCUGGAUUCUAAACUUACUCUCAAGCGUUUAAAUGCGGAAGCUAGAUGCAUGACAAAGGCAAGACGACUGGGGGUGUCAACACCUGUGUUGUAUGCAGUGGAUCCACUUCUGCAUGCUUUAACAUUUGAGUAUGUUGAGGGUCCUUCUGUGAAAGAUGUCUUCCUUGAAUUCGGAUUACAUGGUGUUGUGCAAGAACGAUUGGAUGACAUUGCAAUGCAGAUUGGCAUUUCAGUUGGAAAACUACAUGAUGGUGGUCUUAUUCAUGGUGAUUUGACCACAUCAAAUAUGCUCAUUCGGACUGGUACCAAUCAAUUGGUCCUUAUUGAUUUUGGCCUGAGCUUCACAUCAACCCUUCCUGAAUACAAAGCUGUUGAUUUAUAUGUGCUGGAACGAGCUUUACUUUCAAUGCAUUCUUCAUGUGGGAAUGUGAUGGAUUGCAUACUUGCUGGGUACAGGAAGUCCUCAAAGCAGUGGUCAUCUAUAUUGAACAAGCUUGCUCAAGUUCGGCAAAGGGGUCGAAAGCGCACCAUGAUUGGAUGA